AUGCUUGACCCCCUAACAGCCCUCGGCCUUGCGGGCAAUGUGAUACAAAUCGCCGAUGUUACCUGGAAGCUGGUCUCGGGAGCACGCGAAUUGCACACUUCAGGAUCGCUGUCUGCACUAACAGCCAUAAAGACCGACGCAGAGACCGUUUACGAUCAGGCUGUUGCUAUCAGAACCCUGCUGGAACCAACCAUCGGCUGUCUUACGAAAGACGAGGCCGCUCUCCACUCCCUCUCUAAGCAUAUCGAAUCGACCUCUGAAGACCUUCUUGUUUGCGUGACGCUCAACGAGCAACAGACGUCGAUAUGGAACAACAUCAAAGGCGCCGCGAAGGCAGUCAAAAAAAAGAGAAAGAUUGCCGAGUUGGCCGGGAGACUGGAGCGCCUUCAGAGUCAACUUGGUCUCCGGAUACUUGUCGCCUUAAGAACGAGUCUGAGUGAGCAGUCCAAUGAGCUGCAAGACCAAUACGGGUUGAUCCACGACGAUAUCAAACACAUCAUACACGUCCUGGAAGGUACUCGCAGGAAAGCACCAGAUGUCAAUACCGAUGGACUCCCCGGUAGCUUGCCGAGACAGUCAUUUGCGGCCAGCACCGCACUGAACGACCGAACGCAAGACGCCCUCGAUGAUAACGCACAGGGCUUAAAAAGUCAGGAACUUUUACCUCAGACCGGACCACCGAAAACGGAAUUUGGGAAGAAUCUCGCCCUACUGCGGCUUCUCCGGUAUCGACACAUGCAAGAUCGUCGUGAUGAGAUCCAGAAAGCGCAUCGGACGACCUUUGAGUGGAUAUUUCAAGAAAACGCCGACUCAACUCUUGGGGCCAACUUCCUACGCUGGCUUCAUGCCGACAGCAUGAUUGUACCUUACUGGAUCAACGGGAAGGCUGGUUCAGGCAAGAGCACGCUGAUGCGUUUCCUCGUAGAAGAUCCUCGAACGCGGACGGCCUUGUCAAAAGGGAGCGGGUCAGACGAAUUCACCAUAGCUUCUUGCUUCUUCUGGAAUCUAGGCACAGCGAUGCAGAAAUCACACCAAGGUUUGCUUCAGAGUCUGUUGUACACCGUUCUGGAAAAACACCCAAGCGCGAUCCCUGGCGUUUUUGCAGAUAUCUGGGACAGCCUUUGGGACAAGGAGACGGAUGGAAACAUGCCGCCUCUAACCCUCGUUGAGCUCAAACGCGCUUUCUCGGCCCUUGUGAACCUGGAUCUGCCCUUCAAGAUGUGCUUUUUUGUUGACGGUAUUGACGAAUAUGAUGGUGACCAUGUCGACAUCUGCUCCUUUCUCAUGUCGACUUGUUCGGAACGAGUUAAAUUGGUCCUCUCGAGUCGACCAAUUAACGCGUGCAUCGAGGCAUUCCGACACUGUCCGUCCUUACGCCUCGAGGACCUCACCUAUCCGGAUAUCAAGCAGUUUGUUGAUGAUCGCCUUGCACGGCAUGAAAAGAUGCAACAUCUCCUCAAGACGCAGCCGCUCAAGGCCACCGUCCUUGUCGAAGAGCUGGUCGCAAAAGCUUCUGGAGUCUUUCUCUGGGUUAGAUUAGUUGUCAAGUCGCUGUUAGACGGCUUGCGGAACGACGAUCAGGUGUCGGACCUUCUGGUCAGGCUACGACUCAUACCACCUGAUCUCGAAAACCUGUACAAGCAUAUGCUGGGGAAAAUGUCGCCUCUGUACCGCGAACAAGCCGCGCAACUGUUUCAGAUCAUUCAAUACUCCCGUGAGCUUUGGGUGAACCGGCCUGUGAAGACAUUACUCUUGUCGUACGCAGAGUUCGAUCCACAGAUCUGUCUGCAGAUGCCCCUGGGUCCAGUGGCUGCCGCAGAAGCGUUGCAACGGUGUCGAGCGAUGGAGAACCGUCUUCGAAGCCGCUGUUGCGGGCUGCUAGAGACACGAUAUUUUGUCAAAAGCUACAGCGACAGUUCAAACCAGACGUCUCUCAACGACGAGUCAUCGGCGAGUGGCAGGGAUGAAUAUUACUUCGUCCUCACAGAUGGAUCAUCACUUGUUGAAGAAGAUCGUGAAGUCGUCAACUCCAAUGUCCAAUACCUGCACCGAACUGUUGCAGAGUUCUUGCACAGGAAAGAUGUUUGGUCCAGUCUCAUGGCAAGCGAAGGCGAACUAUCCUCGAUGUCAAUUACCACUGCAGUAGGGCAUGCGACUUUGGUAAAGCUGAAGAUAUCACCAUUCACGGGACAAGACAGCGUGACUUGGGCGUUGAAGCUUCUCAAAUGUUGUAAGACCGCAGAAGCCGAGACACACAAUGCUCAGGUUCAGAUCAUUGACGAGUUGGACCGCGUCAUGCACCACCAUUGGCAUGGGCAUGGAGGCUGGGGACGAAACCAUUGGGCCCCAGCUUCCGACUGCAACACUCGCUAUCAUCAUAUGUUCGCUCUCGCCGUUCGCUCUGGCCUUGGCAGAUAUGUCGAGGAGAAGCUCAAUGACCUUGGACCAGAUCUAAUUCAUUGCGGUGGUAUGCCUCUAAUGCGGCAGCUUAUCGUGGCCGGUCCGUCAUUCGACGAGGUUCCAUGUAUGGCGAGCUUGCUUUUGCGCUACGGUGCCGAUUCCAACGAGAUGUAUGAGGGCCUCAGCACUUGGCAGUUUGCGAUGCACGAGUUCUUGUGCCAAGCAGAGCCGUCGAAUAUCAACGCCUGGAUCAGCCUCUUGAGCCUCUUUGUGUUGAAUGGUGCGGAUGUGAACGCCCCGAUCUAUGCUGGGUCCCCAGGAACCUCCUCUGCGGACUGGAAAAAAUCUUCGAUGUCACCGCUGAGUGCUGUCCGACAGGUCCACCGAAGGCUGUUGGCCGGCCAGGAUGUAACGGCAUCAACCGCGACGACAGGAUUAGAAGAUAUACUCCUGGAAUAUGGCGCGCAGCUUAACCUAGAUCGUGAUCGAGUGCGCUUUGACGAAAUCCCCUCCGAGCACCCCGCUGACCCGGCACCUGCUGACGAAAUUUCAGACUCGUGGGCGAAAAACCUGCCUGCGAGAGACCACUCGUCCAUGACAGCUCCGGUAUGGAAGUUGGCAGCGGCUAUCUUUGCAGAUGAAACAAUAGACCCAAGCGAGUAUCAGAUUGGGCAAGCCAAGGUGAACGAGAUAUCAACACGAAAGCAGCCUGCGGCCGAGGCGACUCAGGAGCAGGGCGGAGCCAGAAUUUUGCAAGACGCCCUCUCACGGGUCCAGUCGGUCGUGGACGAGGGAGUCAAGGAUCUGCGCUAUCACAUGGGCCAGGGCGACAAGAUUCCGAAAUGGCAUUUUAUGGCGCAGGGCUACCUACCAAGAAGUGUGAGGUGGUUGCACUGA